AUGACUGAUAAUGUAUGCCAUUCCAUACUGAAAACAGCUACACAACAAAUUAUCCAGAGUGCUGGAUUCGAAGCAGCCAACAGCCAUUCUAUCGAUACACUCACCGACAUUUUUGGCCAGUACAUUGAGCUUUUGGGAUCAACAGUGUCAGCUUACGCCAAUCUAAAUGGCAGAACAUUAGGAACACCAAGAGAUCUUGUAGAAGCAUUGGAGGAUGUAUCACUGGAUGCAAAAACUCUGAAAGUAUGGCUUGAGGAUGAGGGUAAGGCUCUGUCACCCUGCUGGUCAGCGCAGUCAGACCCAGGCAGAUUAUUACAAGGUGUGGUGAAUGGCGGAAAGCCUAGUUUUGAAGACAUGAUUGAAUAUAAAUUUGGUGAUGUUCCAGAGUUUGAUAUACCCUCGCCAGAGUCAUCCUCGCCUAUGGAUGAAUCGCCAGCAUCACCACCUCACGCUGCUGCUUUGCCCGACUACGUGCCUUCUUACUUUCCACCAUUCCCCGAGAUCAAAGAAGAUACAGUCAUGGACGAGGUGGACAAGGUUCUUUUACAGAAACAACAGCUCUUGGAAGAACAAAAGCAACAACAACAAUUACAACAGCAGGCUUCAGGAGAGUCCUUGCCACUGCCAGUGAUUGUAAAGAAGAGAAAGAAGCCCAUUGAGAACCCUUUUACUCAUAUUAUACCCUAUGAAGACUCGAGUUUGGCGCAAGAGAAUGAAGAACAACCACAGCAACCACAGCAGCCACAACAAAAGCCUCUUUCUCUACUGAUCAAACCUGGAACGAAGCGCAGUGAUGCGGACGAGGAAGAAUCAGCACACAAACGAAAGAAAGCUGCUAUUGCACCGUUGACAGAAGCUUUGGAACAUAUGAAGACACCAGAUUACAAGUUGGGCGAGGGAUUGAGUGGCAGAGAUGAGUUGUUCAUGGCACAAACUCAAAAUGCAGCAGCUCCCGGCAACUAUUUAUUCAAUCAUGACUCUGGCGUAUUUGAUGAACUCGUUCGCCAUGUAGCUGAACCUUUGGUCAUUUCGAAAUUGACCGCUCCCAAUUUAUUGAUUGACGUUGCCACCACCACAAAUGGCACUGCGCCUGCUACACCCACUUCUGCAGGUUUGAAUGGAUUUGAGUAUGGAUCUCCUGGAUCCAUGCCUACUUCGCCUGAUGGCUCACGCUUGUCCAGAUCAGCAAGCAUGUUGGCUGUCCUAGCUGGUGGUGCUUCCUCAAAGAAGGCUGGUAUGAAGAAGCUAAACAAGCUGGCCCGAGGAGGCGCACCUGGUUCUUCUUCCAUGUCUGCACUGUCAAAUCAUACUAUUAGCAAACAUAGUGUGGAUAUCAAUGCCAUCAAAACAGGUGAUAGCAAGUAUAUCAUCAAAAAGAAGCGAAUGCUUGCAGAACAACAACAGGCGCUGGAACGACAAAAGAUGCUGGAACAAAUGAAAGAGAAUCCCAAUGCCGAGACCAUCUCAGCAUUGCCUAGCAGCUCGUCGUCCACGUCGCCAUCUACAACAACUACGUCCGCCAUUCCAUCAUUGCCCUUGUCAUCCGUGCAGCAGCCACAACCAUCCUCCUCCUCAUCACAGCAACCACUCCAUGCACAGAUACCUGCCAAGACAGGUCCUAUUUCGCUGUCUUCCUUCUCGUCAGCAUCCUCCUCUUCCACAAAAGACCCUUCAAUAGAAAAGAAAAAGAAGCACAAAAAGACCCCAAACCUCAUGCUAAAUUUCUCUCAACAUGCCAAUCAGUCAUUCUCCGGCUUGAAUGAAGAGAACGUGCCUUCUCCUAGCACACCCAAGAUCAGAUUCAAGAUCAAGCCUCCAGAGCAACAACAACAAUCACAUCAUGCUCCUGAGAAACCCAAAGCAUCCAAAUACACCAAGUUGACAACGCAUAUAUCACAACUACCCUCAGUAGCAGCAGCGGCAGCAGCGGCAGCAUCUUCCUCCUCUUCUCCCGCUUCGUCCUCGUACGAUACAACAUCCACUGUGCCUGUCAAGUUGGAAAAGAACCACACUACCCGUCAUCAGCAGCUCCACGGCCAGCAAAAUCUCUUGCCACCCAACCCUCAACGAUCCGCAGGUACAUCUCUUGCCACUACCUCUACACCUUUCAAUGCCACUACUACUACUACUACUGCUACUACUACUACUCAGCAACGUCCAUUUGUUUUCUCUACAUCAAACUUUGGCAAUUCAGCUGGCGGCCAUACGUCGACAGAAGAAAUUCGAUGUAUUUGCGAGAAUCCUCGAGUUGACUAUGGUACGUUCAUGAUUGCUUGUGAUGGUUGCAGCACCUGGUUUCAUGGCGAUUGUGUUGGUAUUGCAGAAAGUGAUCAAGUAGAAGAAUGGUAUUGUAGACGUUGUCGUAAACGAUGA